UGACUAACCAAUCACUUCAGCCAGGUGAGUUAUUAUAUCAGGUGGUGAAAAACCACCGACAAUCAACAAACUCGCUAGUUUGAUUAUUUAUUCAUAAUUCUUAAUUAUAAACAAUUGAAAACUCUGUAAAACUAGUUUCUACCAGGUCUAAGAGGGAGGUCUUCAUACCAACCUGUUAAUUUGUUUAUUCAAUUGUUUGUUUGGUUUAAAAAUCAUUCAACCCGUCCAGUAUUCCAGACUGUUUAUUUAUGAAUCUCCAUGAAAUUUUUGGCUUUGUUGAGGAUAAGUAGCCAAGUUGUUGACAAUCACUGGAACUAAAUCAGAGUUUUUACUGUUGAAUUUGUUGAUUCUAACUAGAACUUGCCCGGAAAACAUCACGGGCGCGGUUUGGAUUAAAAAUAUUGCCAGAGUGAUUAAUGUCCGGAAAUUUAGGUUCAGGUUAUGCCUCUAUGAGAAGAAACGUUCCAAUUUACCCAUUUAAAUACUGAGUGCUAUCCACAAAGUAUAUUAUUUUUAUAUGUUUCUCCCAACCCUGAGGGCACCCAAUAACUUUAAUUUGGCACUUUCAUUAAAUUGCCCUCAAACUAAAUUCUGUUCAAUAAAAUUAGUCGAAUUCAACUUUAAUUUUACUCAAACCUCAUUUCUCCGCUCUAUAAAUAAUCUAUCCGCGAUAUUCGAUAAAUCGGAUCUUCAGAUCUUUAAAUUGAGAUUUAACGAAACUUGAAAGUCAAUUGGGCUCUCUGAAAUACAUUGUUGCAGUUUGAAGAUUAUUGUUUGGGCAUUUUUGAGAUUGGUAAGUAUUGGGCGCCAAGUAGGUGUUUGCCAACUCGUCGCAAACUUACAGAUAUCGUCAAAUGUAAAUUACAAAUCAACCUUGAAUCACCUUUAUUUGGUUUUAUUCUUACUCAAACGUAGUAUUUGUAAUUAAUAUUAAGCGGAGUUAUUAAAAAUUUUGAAUUAUUUCACUGAUUUUCUAUCAUUGAUUUCAGAUGGUAAAUUCAUUUUUUCGAAACGCUUAUGAAGAAACAAAAUUUUUUAAGAGGAAGCUUCGAAAUCAAUUUCUUCUAAUUAUUCUUAUGACUUUUGUACGUUUUUUCAUUCAAAAAACACGCAGUCAACACUUGCAGUCGACAAUUUCAUUUAUAAAAGUAUGUCACAACAUUCUUAGUGGAAAAAAAUCGAUCGAGGUUAUUGAUAACGGAUUUCAGUUUUUAUUAUCUCAAACGGCUUUUUUUAACGUUUCCGAAAGUUGCUUCACAAAAAUUGUCUGCAUUAUAUUACCAUUAUUAUGAUUUAUUAUUUUUUUCAAGCUGACGCUAAAAAUGAUUUGCUGUGAGCUUUAAACUUAUGUGACUCGAGACAUUGUUUUUAUGACCAUUUGAACGAUUUUAGAUUUAAACGCUGGUGUUUAUUUAGUCUGGCUGCUUUCUAUCUUCAAACUUCACUAAAAAACUACUUUGUAACAUUAUUUAUAGUUAUAUUAGAAUAAUAAACUAUUUAGAUCGCUCGCCAGUUACCAGUUCUUAUGAUUAGUUAGACCAAUCAGUUAUUAAUUAAUCUUAUCAUCACCUCUUUGUUGCUUAAAAAUAAAAAAGUUGUCGAAAAUGAUCGGGAAUAAAAUUUGUAGUUUACUGAUUUUAUAUUUCUCCGCUCUGAUUGUAAAUACAGAAUCGGAAGAUUGUCCUGCAACUUGUAGUACUGUUACGCUUUCAAAUUAUUGGAGCACUAAAGGCUACACUAUUAACGAGCUGAAGGAAUUUAAAAUCACGACGUUUUUUGCCAUCCGCUACGGGACGACUCCUCGAGGUCGCUUUACGAACCCGACUGCUUUUCAAAAUCCAACCAGUGACAACCAAGUGAACAGGUUUCACCCUUUAUUUUGCCCCAGUUAUUAUUCGGUGAAACAGCUGCAAAAAACGAACUCGCUUUCGGCACAACGAAGUUUGCAGGACAGAUUUUCCGAGGACUGUUUGAAUUUGGAUAUUUAUGCGAGAGCCGAGAGCAUGGAAAUCACAGACUACACAGUGCCUGUUGUUGUCGUUUUUGCUGAUCCCAAAUCCGAUUUCAGUUCGUAUCUUAAAGGAUACUCGGAAUUUAUGUCGCACUUAAUUACCAAUCUGGAAGCAAUAGUAGUUAAAGUCAACUAUAGAAACGGACCUCUUGGAUUCUUGCAAGUAGACGAUGAAGAUAACGGAAACUUUGGACUCAAAGAUCAAAAACUAGCACUAGAAUUUAUUCAGAAGCACAUAUUGUCGUACGGCGGCGACAAAAAUCAAGUUGUGGUUUUGGCGGAAGGCUCAGCAGCUUCAGGAAUUGGCUGGCAUUUGACGAAUUCUGCUAAUUUGUUCUCCAAUUACAUUCUUCUAGGCGGCAGCCCUUCAAGCGUUUUAAACAAUUUGGAUCUGAAGAGAAAGCGCAGAAUUCAUCACGAAUACCUAUCAAAGUUCGGAUGCGAAAAAUUCAAAUCACUCCGGUUCUGCUUCGAAGAAAUUCCACUUGAAGAACUAUACUUGACCUCAGCUGACCUCAAAAACUAUGCAUUUUAUCUCGAGUUUUUCACACCUUCAUCGUCAACAAAGAGUGUCAAAAAUGAGAAAACUGGCUCUUUGGAAGUUUCCGGAUUACGUAAGAAUUACGUAAUCGGAAUGCACCAAUGUGAUGGAAUUACAUUUCAUGGAGACUUUUUAGCAACAAACAGGGAUCUUCUGCAGUUUAUGAACAUAACACUGUCUCCAGAAAACCUUCAAGGUGUUAUUUUUGAGUAUGAACAUCACGACUUGAAUUUGAACAACUUAAAGAGUGAACAGCAGCUGAAUAAAGUGAUGACCGAUUUCUUAGUCUCGGCGCCUUCCUUCAUGUUUUCUUCAAUGUUCGAGCCUUUAGACAGUAAGUUGCUGUUCAUGAUUGGAACGCAGACGGAUUUAGUGGUUAAUUGCAACAAAUCACAAGAAAAUCAUCUGGGAGCCACUUUUCUAAACUGGGCAAAAAUUAAGGAUGAAAUCAAAGAAAUUUUCAGCUUCAAAAGAAACUUCGACGACAACUCCACCGAUUUAACUAACUCGAUGAAAACUCUACUGGCCUCGCCGAAAACCGAAGAAUCCUCGACUAGUUCAAACGAAAAACAGAGCAACAAAAUCAAGCAGAAUUGUUACAUUUUCAAUUCGCAGCCAACUCCUUCUGAAAGUGUGAAUGAAGAAGACACUUCUUGGUACCCUGUGUUUGAGUCCAAUGAUAUCAAAAGCUGUGAGCCGCAUUUGUCUCGCUUCUGGAACGAAGUCAUUUUCGACAGCAUAGACCAUAAGAAAUUUGAAUUUCAUGGCAAAAACGGAUCGGACAAAAAACAUCCGUCCAGCACCGCGUCAACUGACAAACAGCCGAGAACGAGUCACCCGACAGUGUUCAAGACUACAUCACCGGCAACGAGUGGGGGUUCGAGUCCCGUUCCUGUUUAUCCGGCGGCAGAUACUCUCAAGUCAGACGAAGACCAUGCACACGACAGGAUAAUCAAGGUGAUUCCUAAUCAUAUCUUCUACUCGCUGGUCGGAACCCUCUUCGGAUUCAUAGUCGCAGUGCUGCUCAUUUUAUGUUUCACCUUCUCAAGGCGCAACCGAAAAGGGCAAAAGCCCUCUCCAUUCUUUCCCGGCUGUCAACCAUACAACUGUCAGUGGGAAAACCCAAACAGAAUUCUCGGAAGUCCUAAACGAUCGCGAUAUUUUGAACCAAUCAAAACCCCCGGAGGGCCUGAACAAAGUUUGAUUCAAUGUGUCGACGGUUGCAAUAGCCGACUAUUACCGCUUCA